GUCGGGUUUUUCCUUUGCUUUAAGCCCAGUAUUCGUCUCUUUGCCACUUCUUUCUACCAAAAGCUGCCAUAGUACAACCAACAAGCCAAUAAUAACAACACUCUCAAAAUUCAAGAAAAGCUUACCUCAAUUUGAGGGCAAUACAGGGAAGCAAGAACAAGGAAGAAAGAAAGAAAGAAAGCAAAUAAAAAACAGGGUUUACAGAGAAACAGAGAGAGAUCUGUGAGUAUUAGCCAUGGGGUGAAAGAUAUGCUAUAGCAGCUGAAGCUGAUUUUUAGUCACAGCUGCUGAUCCCAGACCCAUAUGCCAAAUUUUGUUUGUAUUCUUCUUUGAUUUCCCAUCUGUUUUUAUCAGCUAUUUUGUUCAAAUUCUAUCCUCAAACUUCCAUUUGCUUCCUCCCGUGUAGAUUCUGGACCUUGGUUUUGUUGAUCAGGUUGAUUAGGUAGAAGAGGCCAAACGUCAAGUCAAAGAAUUUGGCACUUGGAGUUAUUUGAAACUUGAAAGUGUUCGUUCUGUUUGGCUGAAGUCAUGACGACUACUUCGCGUACAAAUUCUCGGCGAAUGUAUUCAUGGUGGUGGGAUAGUCACAUUAGCCCAAAAAAUUCUAAGUGGCUUCAAGAAAAUCUUACAGAUAUGGAUGUCAAAGUAAAACAGAUGAUCAAGCUUCUUGAAGAGGAUGCAGAUUCCUUUGCAAGGAGGGCUGAGAUGUACUACAAGAAGCGACCGGAACUUAUGAAAUUGGUUGAAGAAUUCUACCGGGCGUACCGUGCACUUGCAGAAAGAUAUGACAAUGCAACUGGGGUGCUUCGCCAAGCUCAUCGUACCAUGGCUGAAGCAUUUCCUAACCAAGUACCGUUUGAUGAUUCGCCUGCAGGUUCGGGUAAUGAGUGUGAUCCACGGACGCCUGAGAUGCCACCACCAAUACGUGCUCUUUUUGAUCCAGAUGAAUUGCAAAAGGAUGGCUUGGGGCUUUCACCCCAAUCUGGUGCUGGCAGAAGAAAUGGAGCAUUUACUGAAGAAUCGAACUUAGUUACAGGUCGGAGGGGUUUGAAGCAGUUUAAUGAUAUUUUUGGUUCUGGGGAAGGAAGAGCAAAGAAAGGCCUCAAUUUUCAUGAUAUGGAGGAGAAUGAGCGAAAUGGGGGGAACAAUCACAAGGUUUCAACUACUGAGGCAGAGAUUUUAGCCUUAAAGGAGGCUCUGGCUAAAUUAGAAGCUGAGAAGGAAGCUGGUCUACUUCAAUAUCAGCAGAGUCUCGAUAAGUUGUCUAAUCUCCAGUCAGAAGUCUCUCGUGCACAAGAGGAUUCUGAAAGACUCAAUGAUCGAGCCUCUAAAGCUGAAAUUGAAGCUCAGAAUUUGAGGGAAGCUCUCAGCAAAAUAGAGAGUGAACAGGAAGCUAGUCUGAUGAAGUAUCAACAGUGCCUGGACAAAAUAUCCGGUUUGGAGAGUACUAUCUUUGACAUUCAAAAAGGUGCGGAAGAGCUCACUGAGAGAGCAGGUAAAGCAGAAAAGGAAGCUGAAAGUCUGAAGCAAGGACUUGCUGAAGUAGGAGCUGAAAAGGAAGCAGUACUUGUUCAAUAUAGAGAGAGUUCAGAAAUGAUAUUGAAACUACAGGAGAAACUUCUUCAUGCAGAGGAAAGUUCCAGAAGAUACAAUGAACUAGCUGACAAAGCUGAAAGUGAGUUGAUAAUCCUUAAGCAAACAAUCGAAAAAUUAACUGAAGAAAAGGAAGCUGCUGCUGUCCAGUACAUUCAGUGUUUGGAGAAGAUUUCAAGUCUUGAAUAUAGACUUUCUUGUGCUGAAGAAGAGGCUGAAAGGCUGCAUCGCGAAAUAGAUGAUGGGGUUUUAAAGUUAAGAAGUGCUGAAGAGAAGUGUCUUUCAUUGGAGACAUCGAAUGUGGCUCUGCAGUCGGAGUUGGAGUCUUUGGUACUGAAAAUGGGGUCACAAAAUCAAGAACUCACCGAGAAUCAAAAAGAACUGGGAAGACUUUGGAAUUGCAUUCAGGAUGAGCAUUUGCGGUUUGUUGAGGCUGAGACUGCUUUCCAAACUUUGCAAGAUUUGCAUUCUCAGACCGAAGAAGAAUUGCGAUCUCUUGCUGCGGAGCUUCAGAACAGGUCACAAAUUUUAAAGAACCUGGAAAUUCAAAAUCAGACUUUGAUUGCUGAAGUUCAAGAGGUUAAGAAUGAAAACGGGAAACUGGAUGAGCUUAAUAUGUCUUCAGCAAUGUCAAUAAAAAACUUGCAAGAUGAGCUGUCAAGCUUAAGGGAGAAGAUAAGUAAACUUGAAGCGGAGGUUGAACAUCGAACAAAUGAAAGAAAUGCUCUUCAGCAAGAGAUCUACUGUCUGAAAGAGGAGAUUAAUGACUUGAAUAAGAAAAAUGCGGCUAUAAUGGAGCAGGUGGAAUCUACUGGCUAUAGUCUAGACUGCUUUGGCACAUCUGUUAAGGAACUGCAAGAUGAAUAUUCAAAGAUAAAGGAGACCUGUGAGACAGAGAAAAAUGAGAAAGUAGCUCUCUUGGAGAAGUUGAUAAUUCUUGAGAAACUUGUUGAGAAAAAUGCCUUCUUAGAAAAUUCCAUUUCUGAUAUGAGUGUUGACUUGGAAGAGACCAAGGAGAGGGUAAAGAUGUUAGAGGAAUCUUGUCAAUCUCUGUUGGGAGAGAAAUCAACUCUUUCCUCUGAGAAGGUUGCCCUGAGUUCUCAGCUACUGAUUACAACUAAAAAUCUGGAGGAACUCUCAGAAAAAAAUUUACUUCUUGAGAACUCAUUUUCUGAUGCAAUUGCUGAACUUGAAGCAUUGAAGUUGAAAUCAAAGGAUCUAGAAGAUUCCUGCCAAUUGCUGGGUCAACAGAAGUCUGAUCUCGUUACAGAGAGAGAAAGCUUACUCUGUCAGUUGGAUACCACCAAUAACACUCUUGAAGAUCUGGAUAAAAGAUACCGUGAGUCAGUAGAGAAACAUUCAGUGGUUGCCAACGAAAGAGAAUCUGCAUUUUGUGAAAUAUUAAAGUUGAAGGCUCAUUUGGAUGCUGAAAAACAAGCUCAUACUAGUUCUAUUGAAAUCAGUAAGAAACAACUAGCUGGUGUGGAGUCGCAGAUGCACCUAUUACACGAAGAAUGUGAUCAAUGGAAGAAGGAAUAUGAGAAUGAAACAGACAAGGCUUUACAUUCCCAGUUUGUGAUUUUCAUCUUACAGCAUUGUAUGCAAGAUAUGAAGGAUAAUAAUCUCUCUUUACUUCAAGAGUCUCAAAAACUUUUCGAGGCAUCUGAGAGGUCGAAAGAAGCAAUCUCUGAAUUAGAGCUAAAAGAUAUUGAAAGGCUUGGGGAGGUUAAAUCCUUCAUUGAGAAGAAUAAACUUCUGAGGACAGGGCUUCAACAGGUACUGAGAACUCUUGACAUCCAUGCGUACCCUGAGUUUGAUCAAGAGAUUGAGCAAGAUCAAACACUUCUGAACCAUAUUUUUGUCAAAAUUCAGGAGAAACAGAAUUCUUUAAGUGAAAUUUAUGAUGAAUACUAUCAGUUAUUGAUUGAGAAAUCUAUUACUGAAAAGUUCCUUCUGCAACUGAAAAAUGAAGCUGCAAACAUUUUGAUUGAAAGAGAUACACUUGAUCAGGAGCACAAAUUCCAAUCUGAAGAGAUCUUGAUUCUUCAGAGUAGAAUUCUGCAGUUGAAUGAAGAGUUGGGGUUAAAAGUAAUUGAAGCCAACCAAAAAGAACAAGCUCUCAAGACGGAAAUGGAAAAUGUCUGCAGGAAUUUGCAUAAUGUGGAGGAAUCUUACCAGGUUUUACAGGUAGAGAAUUCCAAGGCUCUUGAUGAGAAAACAUAUUUGGCAAACGAAGUCUUAGGCUUAGAAAAACAGAGAUGUCAAUUGGAAGAAGAGAACAGUGAAAUGUUCGAUGAAACAAUAUUUCAAAGUCAACUUUUUUUCAUUUGUAAAGAUAUUAUCUCUGAAAUGCUUGAAGAAAUGAGAAAGCUUGCUGAGUUUAGGGAUAAACUCCAGUUUAUAAAUAAUGACCUCGAAGAAAGAGUGAAAGAAAUGGAGAGAAAAUUGGGACAUGAACAAACGAUUAACUUAGAACUUGCAAUGUUCUUGGAGAGGUCACGCAGUGAAGCUGAAAAUUAUUUGACAGAGAAGAAUACACUUGAUCAGGAGCAUAGGAACCAGUCUGAACGGUAUUUGACCCUUCUGGCUGAGAUGCAGAAACUUUUAGAGCUGAAUGAGGAAUUGAGGUUGAAAAUAGUGGAGGGAAACCAUAAAGAAGAAGCACUAACGACUGAAAUGGAGCAUGUAUGCAAGAAACUGCAGAAUUUGGAAGAGGAUUACCAGUUUCUACAAGAUGAGAGUUGCAAGGCAAACGAAGAGAAAUUAUCUUUUUCGAAGGAAAUCCUAGAAUUGAGAAAAGAGAAGGAAGAAUUAGAAGAAGUAAACAUUAGUAUGUUUACUGAAAGACUAUUUCAAAGUGAACUCUCCUUUGUUUACAAGGACGCUGUCGUAGAAAAUCUUGCAGAACUGAGAAAGCUUACUGAAUCUUUGGAUGAACUUCACUGCAGAAAUAAUGACCUUGAGCUGAGAUUGGAAGAAACGUUGGCCAAGUUGGGAGCUGUGCAAACAAACAAUUUAGAACUCAUGAAUUCCUUGGAAAAGUCACAGUGUGAGGCUGAAAAUUAUUUGAUGGAAAGGAACACUCUUGACCAGGAGCUUAGCAAUCAGUCUGAAUUGAAUUCAGCACUACAGAGUAAGAUGGAGAAACUUCUGGAGUUGAAUGAAGACAUGGGCCUGAAAUUAAUAGAAAGCAAUCAGAAGGAAGAAUUACUAAUGACUGAAAAGGAGAAUGUAUGCAAGAAGCUGCAAGAUUUGGAAGGGGCUUAUCAGAUAUUACAUGCCGAGAACUACAAGGCUCUUGAGAAGGAGAAGUCCUUGACAAAUGAAAUCUUAGGCUUGAGGAAAGAUAAACAUGAAUUAGAAGACGAAAACAUUAAUAUGUUUGGUGAAACAAUAUUUCAAAGCCAACUUUCCUUUGUUUACAAGGAUAUAGUGUCUGAAAAUCUUCAAGAACUGAGAAAUUUCGUUGUAUGUAUGAAUAAUCUCCAGUCCACAAAUAAAGACCUUGAAGAGAGAGUAAAAUUAAUGGAAGGAAAGUUGAGAGAUGAACAAACAAAGAGCUUUGAGCUCAUUGAGUCCUUGGAGAGGUCAGAAUGUGAGAUUCUGAAAUUAGAAACAAUGAUAAGCUUGAAGGAAAAUGAAAAGUUGGAGCUCCACCAAAUGAAGAUCAAUGAAGUUAAAUCAUGGGAAAAACAGGCUGCCACAUUUUUUGGUGAACUACAGAUCGCUGCAAUUUGUCAAUCAAUAUUUGAAGGCAAGAUUCAUGAGCUAGCAGAAGCAUGUGAGAACCUUCAAGACAGAAAUACUUCAAAAGAUGUAGAAAUUGAACUGCUGAAGGAAAAAGUUAGUAGUUCAGAAGGAGAAAAUGGAAGAAUGAAAACUCAGUUGGCUGCAUAUGUUCCAGCUAUUCAAACCUUGAGGGAUUCUAUAAGUUCUCUUGAAAAGCAUGCUAUUUCCCCAACAAGAACGCAAAAAGUUGACGAACAAGAAGUGAAGGAAUCUAGUUCUUUAAAUCCCCAGCAUCCUGAAAGCUUCCAGCAGCCAGAUGAUGAUGAAGUUCAGAAUGAUGGUUCAGUUGAGCUGCAAGAUUUGAAUAGGAGGAUUCAAGCUAUUGAAGUAGCAUUUGAAGUAUUUGAGAGCCAGACUACGUUAGAGAAGUUUAAUACCAAUGCCAAGCUAGAGAGAGCGAUGAAGGAGGUUGAAGACCUAAAAUCUGGCCGAGAACGUAGUCGUGUGACCAAGGACAAAUCAACACAUCAUGGAUAUAAUAGGUCACAUUCGAAGUCUGAAAUUUCUGAAGCAGGAAAUGAAGUUUUGACAAAAGAUAUCCUACUCGAUCGGGUUUCUGACCAUUCAUCAUAUGGAAACAGUCGAAGAGAAACUGCUGUGGCUGGUGAUCGGAUGCUUCAUCUAUGGGAAUCAACUGAUCAAGAUGGCAGCUACAAUCGGGCGGUUGGCAAAGCUCCUAUGAUAGCAAGCUCAUCUUCCGAGUACCACCGGGUUGGAUCAACCAGGAGACGAAGUAGCAAGCACCCUUCAAACGAAUCAUUGGUUGAGAAGGAACUGGGUGUGGAUAAACUAGAGAUCUCCAGGAGACAUUCUGAACUCCCUCAAGAAGGAAACAAGAGAAGGAUUUUAGAAAGACUAGAUUCUGAUGCUCAGAAAUUGGCAAAUCUUCAAAUAACUGUACAAGAUUUGAAGAAGAAAAUGGAUGUUACAGAGAAGAGCAAGGUAGAAAAAGGUAUUGAAUAUGAUACAGUGAAGGAACAAGUAGAAGAAGCCGAAGAAGCCAUCACCAAAUUGUAUGAGAUGAACGUUAAACUCACAAAGAAUGUUCAAGAUAGUUUUAUGGCUGCUGAUGUAGGCUCAUCAACAUUGGAGCCAGAGGACAAUGACAUUGUCCAAAGUAGGCGAAUUUCAGAACAAGCACGGAGAGGAUCGGAGAAGAUUGGGCGGUUGCAGUUGGAGUUGAAGAAGCUACAGUUUCUAAUAAUGAAACUAGAUGGUGAAAGGGAGACCAAAGGCAAAAGCAAAGUAUCCGAUAGGAGUCCGAGAGUUCUUUUAAGGGAUUAUCUUUACGGUGGGACGAGAACAAAGCAGAAGCAGAAGAAGAAGAAGGCACCUUUUUGUGGUUGUGUGAGACCUCCAACAAAGGGUGACUGAGGCAUUGAUUUUAAUAUGAGAGAUAAUGAUUUUAGUUGAAUGAAAAGGAUGUUAAUUGGUUCAUCAUUUAUCAAAUUUUCUUGUAGAGAGGUUCUUAUCGAACUGUAUGUUCUUAGCUCUGUUUGUAUAGAGGUUUUAUGUUACAUUAGUUUUGAGAUUAUGCAGUACAUGAAAGGCAGCAUCUAAUUAGAGAAAGCUGCUCUUUUUAGAGGCUCUUCAUUGUCCAUAUAAUAUUGGUUCUAACUCUUCAAUAAGUGAGUAUUUAGUUGGAGCCAUAUUAGGAAAAAUAACGGGUCUUGAUUGGUAUAGAUUCUUCAUGGAAAA